CGCAUCUUUGCUCCAGUUCCCUCACUGCGAGACCAGCAGCACGCUGAUAAACACUCGCGAGCCACGCGAUUUAAAGCUCUGCGACAUAAACUCACCGCGUGCUGCAGCAAGUCUGACAUAUCUGAGAUAUUUUACAAGUUAGUGGAUUAUCGGAGUGACUGGAGAAGUUAUGCUAUUUUCCCGGACCAUCGCAACAGUUUAAAAAUGAAUCCUCAUUGCGCACGCUGUGGGAAAAUAGUCUACGCAACAGAGAAAGUGAACUGCCUGGACAAGUAUUGGCACAAAGGAUGCUUCCAUUGUGAGGUGUGUAAAAUGACUCUCAACAUGAACAGCUACAAGGGAUAUGAGAAGAAGCCCUACUGCAACGCGCACUAUCCAAAACAGACCUUUACAAUUGUGACAGACACCCCAGAGAACCUACGACUGAGACAGCAAAGCGAGCUCCAAAGUCAGGUCAAAUACAGGAAGGAUUUUGAACAGAGUAAGGGUCGGGGCCUCAAAUUUGUCUUGGAUACUCCAGAGCUACAGAGACUGAGAAAGGCCCAGGAUCAGAUCAGUAAUGUAAAGUAUCAUAAGGAUUUUGAGGUGUCAGGUUUGCAUGGGGUCACUCAGGGAACGCGUGGGAAGUACCUGGUACAGGCUCAGAUGACACCUAACCAUGAGACGGUGGGGAACAGCACACACACGGGGGUUCAUCAGUACAUCAUGGAGAUGGAUCGAAGACCUGGCGUUAUUGUGGCACCUGUUCUCCCUGGUGCAUACUAUCCCAGUGGCCACAGCCAUGGGCACAGCUACAUGCAUCAGACAAGCAUGCAUUCACUGAGGUCAAUGCAGCUGAAGUCACAACACAUUAGCAUGACUGUGUACAGGGCCCUGUAUGACUACACGGCGCAGGAUUACGAUGAAGUGUCGUUCCGGGACGGUGACAUCAUUCAGAACGUGCAGCCGAUCGAUGAAGGCUGGAUGUAUGGAACGGUACAGAGAACGGCGAGGUCGGGUAUGCUGCCUGCUAACUAUGUAGAGGGCAUUCGCUAGUUGUCUCUCUGAGCCUCAAAUCAAAUACUAUAUCUGAAUGGUCACAGGAACAGCUCUUUUUUAAUAGUGCAAACUGUCCCACUUUGUAAGUGUUUAUAAUGUUACAUUUCUUAUUUUGUUACUCUGAACGUCCAGUCUAAGUGAAUGUACACGACUGU